AUGGUCAAACGUGUUUCCGUUCUCGGUUGCGGUUCUUGGGGUACUGCUAUAGUCAAAGUUGUUGCUGACAAUGUUGCAUCGUCAGGCGAGUUCUAUUCCGAGGUUUAUUGGUAUGUACGAGAUGAAGAACAUGACGAUCAAAGUUUAACCACCUGGAUUAAUAAAGAUCACACAAAUCCCAUCUAUUUAUCAAAAUUAAAAUUGCCUACAAAUAUAAUCGCAUCUUCCGACAUCAGAAAAGUUGUUGAAAGUGCUGAUAUUAUCAUGGUCGCCUAUCCUCCGUUUUACAUCAUAUGGUUGGUAAACCAUGUCAAAGAAUUUGUCAAGGAGAACGCUUAUUUUGUUUCAUUUUGUAAGGGUCUAAUUUUAUGUCCUGGAGAAAAUAGAAUCAGGCUAGUAAGCGAUCUUAUACGAGAGAAAACUGGUAAACGUUGUUUGGUUGCUAUUGGAGCAACAACAGCUCUUGAAGUGGUUGAAGAACAGUUCACCGAACUAACUAUUGGUUCUAAGAGUCUUGAAUGUGGACAUGAAGUUAAAAGACUUCUUCAGACAGAUUACAUGAAAUUAAUCAUAACUCAAGACGAUGUUGGUGUUGAAUUAUGCGGUUCAUUGAAAAAUGUCGUAGCGAUAGCAGCAGGGAUAUGUGAUGGUCUAAAGUUAGGUGAUAAUACGAAAGCAGCUGUAAUAAGAAUUGGUUUCUGGGAAGUGUCUGAACUAAUGAAUGAACUAUUUCCUGAUAGAGGUACAAGUUAUCUAACAACAGAGCAAAGUUGCGGAAUAGCUGAAUUGUUCAUGUGCAUGUCUCAUAAAAUGGACGACAUUUCCGACAUAGGAGAUUUAGAUCUGUUGAAUAUUAGUAUUGGAAGACGAUUAUCUAACAAUGAUACCAAUAGACCAUCACUUCGCUCCAUAACUGAUAAAAUACCAUACAGAAACUUUUGUAGACGGAGCUGAAUACGCAAAACAGGUAGUUUAUUUGUUUGACUUAGCACUUGUUUUAAGCUAGCACGAAAUAUUCUGGGAAAAAAAACUACUGUAAGGACAUUAGCUAAUUAGAUUAUCACAAUAAUGUAUACUUUGAUAUACACUUUUGACUUGUUGAAAACAGUAAAAGAUUUGGAUAUACACUCUUGACAUUUUUUCUCAACUACGUUCAUUUUCCUAGACGAUUUCAUUCAUUAUAUCAGAGCAGUUUAGCGAUCUUUGUUUACUAGGAUGUCAUCUCAGCGAAUAAUACCACUUAGCUAAUUGUGGUCCAUUUAGAUACUUCAGAUUAUUCCACCUGUAUAAAAAUAUUUAUUUAUCGGUAUUGUUAACCUGAUGAUGAUUAAAGUAUACAUUAAAGUUAAUUGGUUGAGUUCGUCCAGGCAUAUUACGUGCCUAUGCUCACAUGCCAUCUGAAAACCCAACAGUAGAUGAAAAAUUAGAAAAUAGACAAUUUAUUGGAGGAAACUGGUUAUGCCCCUAGUCAGGAUCUCAGCCUACAUGUCCAUGUCUGGAUCCGAAGGAUAUAUGUAUACGCCUCAAUGAUUUAUUUACCUACUGAUUUAUUUUCUCAGUUCAAGCUUCUCAAUCAGGCAUUCCAUUCGCAUGGCUGGAUGAGAAAGCCUACCAGAAGUGUAUGUAUUGACAUAAAACGUGGUGGAACUUAACAGUUUAUUUUUUAUCACACUGAAG